AUGUGUCAAGCCCGAAAUCAGGUGAGACGGAACCUCAAUUGGCGGAAAUCAGUGGUCGGAUUACGUGCCGGAGUACAGGCCACAUUAAGUACUAGUUUAGAUGCCAGACAAGAAGCCACAGUACAGGGCGUAUUGAAAGCCAAGAACAUCGGAUCGGAUUUUGGAAUAUGUUCGGACUCGAAUGAAACUGAAAGACAAGCUACUAGAGAACAAGCUGAUCGUGCCAUGAAAUAUGCAAAAGAUGUAAUUCGUGAGGGUGAGGGUGAGGGGGCUGAUGGUGAGGCUCUAAAGGCUCCUCUAUCACCCAUAACAAAAUCAACCUCACAUAUAAGUGGAAAUCGGGAGAUAUUCAAUUUCUUUAUUGUAAAGUUACUAAUGGCUCAUGAGUGA